CUCUCUAGUUUUGAAGCUGGGAUGACCCAUCUUAAAGAUGAGAAUGCUGCGCUACGGGCGCAAAUGAAGCAGGAGAUGAACUUGCUAAAGGAUGAAGUUAAUAAGACAAUUGUACAUGAAAUUACAUUUGGAUUGUGGUUUAAAUUAGAUAUUAUAUUAUGAACUCCAUAGAUAAUUUGUCAUUUUAUUACAGCUCAACAUCGUUACCUCGCAAUUGAGUGAGGAAGGGAGACCACGUCGCGAUACAGCGGAUCCCAACCGAGCUCUAACUGUAACAGAGCCUUGGCAGGGGCUCAGUGAACUCCAUCGAGCUCUAACCAAUGCCGAAGAGGACGAGUUGAGAGUUGUCAGAGAGUCAGGUUCACUCGUCUGGUUGAAAAGUGUCUAUGACCUAAAUUCAUGGGUCGACUCUGAAGCCAUAGACUUAUACCUAAGAUACCUAUCAGCGCGUCAGGAAGAUCGACUACAGGGUAGACAAGACUGCGCAUUCGUCUCGUCUCUAUUUACGCAAUGCAUGGAAUAUCAACUUGACCUGUUGCGAACUUAUGGCGCUGGGAACCAUAAGGAUCGUGGGACCUUGAAGUCAAGGUUGAGCGAAGUGCUUAUACAAAUAGUCGACUGUAAACCGAAACCUCUAUGGAAGUAUGAUGUGGUGUACAUCCCUCUUAACGCAAGGGGGCAUCACUGGCUGAUGGCUGCUGUUUAUCCGAGGAAAAAAGAGGUCACUUUGUACGACAGCUUGAGUAUCGAAUUGGAAGAGAAAAACAAGCUGGUCGUUGCGCAGGUAACGGACGGACUGAGGUGGUUAUUCCAUGUUCUUGAUGGCGGAUUAGUUAGGUGGGAGAAGCCAUGGAAUGUGAAGCCAUCCGCUGACAGGCCUGCGCAACACAACUCGGACGAUUGUGGCGUAUUCAUGCUGAAAUAUAUAGACUUCUUGUGCAGCAUGAGUGCAAUUGACUUUACGCUUGAGGAAAUUCCAAAAUUUAGAAAGACAAUUGCAUAUGACUGUCUGCAGUAGACAAGAGCAGAAGAUGCUGCUGUCGGAAAAAAACGAGAAGAAGAGGCGUCGGGUAGACCAGCGAAGAAAGCCAAAUACUGAUUUGAUGUUGAAUGAUGAAUGGAUUAGUGUAUUUGAUGUUUCUUCUGCUUAUUAUCAUCUAUAAUGGGUUGGUGAAUGAGAUAGGUCGUUAUUGUCCAUGAACAAUUCGAAGUUGUAUUGCACUUAGGCUCGUGGCUGUUAGCCACGUUGGUUGACAUGCACAAUGGAUCGUUGUUGUAUAUGGGUGGUUGAACGUGGAUGCCAAAUAAGAUCCAUAUAUCGUGACAACCACAACCCCUGUAGCAUUAGAACCACGAAACAUAUCAUCUUA